AUGGACCUAGGACCAUCCUCGUCCAGCACCGUCUCACCUGGACCUGGGCCGCAGACGAACCGAAAAGAGCGCGGCGCUAUUGCUGCUCAGGCUUGCGAAACGUGCCGCAAUCGAAAGCAGAGGUGUGAUGAACGAAGGCCUAAGUGUGGUACAUGUCAACGAUUCAAACUCGAAUGCCGAUACAGAGAACCUCAACCUACAAAGAAGGAUAAAACUCUAGUUGAGAUUCUAGAUCGACUCAAAAGUGUUGAAAGCAAGAUUGAACACAUAGGAUUGCGGGAAAACACCACCCCUUCCAUUUUCAACACUUCCCAACCCUCUGGUGUUUAUCCCAACACACCACUGUUGGUCGAUCCCGAAUCGCAAGACUCUCUCCCAGGGACAUCUAUUCCCCCUGCGAGUCCAACGCCCAGCCGCGAUAAAGGCGGCUACCGAUAUGACUCCUCGGUGUCCAAGGUAUCGGAAUGGCCUGUUGUGCGCCACAUGUUCGAACGCCUUGGACAGAAGCCCCCUUCACCAGUAGGUGAAAUACCUAUGCUUCCGCGGGGCCUACGCGAGUCCACUGUUACCUUGCCACUCGAUGGACUUCAGCUAGUCGGGAUAUCAAGCAACAGCACACUGCAGUUACCCUUGCACUUUUCGGCUUCCGCAUCUUCUCUAAACCAUAGCCCCCCCAGUGUAGACUGGGAGACGGUACAAAGACUAAGCAAAGGAUAUUUUGAUGUCGUCAAUACUUUCUAUCCCAUACUGGACAGGCAAUGGUUCAAUUCAAAUACCCUGGGCUCAAUCAUCAGCAACGGCUUCCACGAAGGGAUAAUACCAAGCCUUGUACUCCUCGUUCUUGCCCUUGGGGAGGUGGCCCUCACCACAUCCGAAGUAUCUAUCUCAGCCUACAAGCAGCGGCCAUCUGGGAUCAAGGGGGGAACUAUCGACAGACCACCUGGCCUCUCUUACUUCAACGAGGCACGGAAAAGGAUGGGGUUUGCUUUAAGCGAGGUCAGUCUGGAAAAUGUGCAAAUGCUCGCGCUUGCUGCCAUAUACUACUCAAGCUGCGGGCAAGCUCUUGAAUGUUGGAGGAUGACUGUGUCUGCUUCCUCAGCCUGCCAGGCCUUGAUUGUAAACAAACCUACCGAGCUUCAUGGUCUCCGAUCAGAUUUGGUAAAAAGGAUAUUUUGGCACUGCUCAAUCAUGGAGACUUGCUUUCACAUGGAAUUCGGUUUACCCUUGACCGGAUUAGACAAGUUGGAGGAGACAAUCGGUCUCCCUGACUUUAAUGGACAGAUUACUGACGAGGACUAUAUCACUAACCAGGCUACGCACUUCCAGGAGCAUUUUGCGUCUCAGAUUGUGCUUCGCAGGCUCUCUGCGAACUUGCAUUCUGUCCUCGACAAGACGUUUGGUCCAGACGUAUCCAUAUCCUUUCCAGGGUUCGGACACUUCAACGGCGCCUCGAGUCCCGGCAGUGCGACUGUUAUGAAGCAGCUCGAUGCGCAACUCGAUCAGUGGAGAGGCAUGUUGCCCAGCCAUUUGAGAUGGCAAGACAAUCAGGAUUUGACAUUUUCAGAUCCUUCACAGGGUGCUUUCAAUGAUGUUUAUGCUGGGCAGUCUCUGCCUAGUAGUUAUAUGUUCACGCCAGAUCUUGACACGCAACCAGCAACGUAUCCAUUUGUAGCCGAUAUACAUGUUGCAAUCCUUCGGACACGAUACAGCUACAACAAAUAUCUCAUAUACCGCCCCUGCAUCUACAAAGUCCUUCACCACCCGGAUAGUGUGACACAGGAAGAUGCCGAAGGUGCGGCCGAAUGUCUCAAAGCGUCACUCAAAUGGCCCAUCGCCCUAUCGCCCACCUGCACCAACAAGCGACUUAUACCAAUGACUUUCUUCUGGUCCCAAAACCUCUUUGGAGUUCUGGUGCUGUUGCAUCUUUCGCAACAGCACCCAAUCAUGGUGCGCAUUCGAUCAUCGCUCUGCGGGCAACGCUUCGACGUUGAAGCCUCGCAGACUGUUACGACAUACUUGGAUUGGCUACGCGACAUGAAAAAGAUAGACUCAACGGCGAACUGGUGCUGGAAUAUCAUUCGCCUAGUCUAUCGACUGGACGAUUAA